AUGAACCAUCCAGACAUCACCAAGUACCAAGCUGAUCCAGAGGCAGACUGGAGAAUGUUGCCAGACCCAGUUCUCACCGCAGCUCAUGCCAUGCACUAUGACCAAGCUACCGACCUACCCGAGAUGGGGAAGAUGGUUGUCCUCCCGAAUUUAGGCCCCGGUCUUUUCGGCUUCAAACUGAGCCACUGGCUAGAGAUAGAUCAGUGGCUGGUCAAUGUCAACAACAUCCUCACGACGUACCAUCUGAACCGCCUCAUUGACGUCCGAAUUCCUCGACCGAAGCGAAACAGUCCCAACGCCGAGAACUGGCUCAAUCUCUCGAUGCAAGUGGCUGGAUGGUUGGUCUCCAACAUGACAACUGAAAUGUAUCAGUGGAUCGAGUCUCGCGGGUAUCGUAUCGCUUUGGCGGACGAGUUGAUCUAUGUCACCAUACUCGCCUGCCAGACGUUCAGCCCACUCAAGUAA